UCAAAGCUCAAGAAGUCUCCGCAAUGACGAAGAAAAAUAACGGUGAUCGCCGACACCAGCAGAUGGUGAUAGAAGAUGAGACGGAAACGGAUGCUGUCACUUUGAGGCGGACUGUGUACCUAACGAUUAUGGAGAGUUUAUCAUUCGAGGAGUGCGGGCAUACGUUGCUGAAAAUGAAACUCCAAGCAGGGCAAGAGAUGGUAAUCUGCAGUAUGAUAGUGGAGUGUUGCAGCCAAGCGAAAUUGUUCGACCCAUUCUACGGUUUAUUGGGGCAAAGGUUUUGCGGGAUCAAUACAGUUUAUCGGGAUUAUUUUGAGGAGUGCUUCGUUCAGCAAUAUUCGAUUGUCCAUCGAUUAGAAACAAACAGGAUUCGGAAUGUGGCAAUGCUUUUCGCCCAUUUGCUUGCUGCUGAUGUUCUUCCUUGGCGUCUAUUCUCCUACAUACUUCUAACGGAAGACGACACUACCUCAUCUUCUCGUAUAUUCCUCAAGUUUCUCUUCCAGGACUUGUCCGAUCGUCUUGGUAUUUCUGCUUUGAAUAAGCGCCUUACUGCGUUUCACUCUAUUUUCCCCAAGGAUAAUCCGAGGAACACCCGAUUUUCCAUCAACUUCUUUACCUCGAUCGGGCUCGCUGGCAUCACCCAAGAUUUGCGCUGUUACUUGAAGAAUAUGCAGCAGCACUCAGAUUCUGUGGAUAGAGCUACUUCAUCAGAGUCCGACACUGGUAGCUGCGAGUCAGACGGCUCAAAUUUAUCGCGUUCAAGUUUUGGCAAGUGCAGCAGAAACCAUGGGCCGAAAAGAAGGAAGCUAAGCUUAGGCUGCAUGAAUGAAAUUGUUUAGCUCAUAUGUAAAAAAACUAUUUU